UUUUCCGUCGUUCUCCGUUUUGCUAAGCUUCCUCCGUUUGUUUGCAGAAGAUUUCCCUUUCCUUCUCCGGCAAGAACUGAUUGCACUCGUCUAGCUCCUUCGGCACGCAUGACGCGGCAUUCCUUUUUCCUUGAUUGAAGCCGGUGCCGACGCCGGUGCUUUAACGUUGCGAUCAUCGGCCGAACCGCAUAAUCUUCGGCCUGUUUUUCUCCUUUUCCAAGUUUGUUCAAUUUUUUUUCUGGACUAUGGAGCGGCAUAGAUGGUUGACAGUGGCGAUUUUUGCUUGCCUGAUCGUUUUUUCCGUCGGAAGGGAGCUCAGAUUGAACCACAAGCACAGCGAUGAUGCUAUUUCCUUUAACCAUACUCUUGCCGAAAUCUUGGUGGAAUAUGCUUCUGCGGCAUACAUAUCUGAUUUAACGGAACUGUUUACUUGGACAUGCACAAGAUGUGAUGACCUGACUCAGGGGUUUGAAGUUAUAGAACUGAUUGUUGAUGUCCAGCACUGCCUACAGGGAUACGUUGGAGUAGCAAAGAGUCUUAAUGCUCUCAUUAUUGCUUUUAGAGGAACUCAAGAAAACAGCAUACAGAACUGGAUUGAAGACCUAUACUGGAAGCAGCUUGACUUGAUGUACCCUGGCAUGCCGGAUUCAAUGGUGCACCAUGGGUUUUAUUAUGCUUAUCACAACACAACAAUACGCCCUGCUAUAUUAACUGCUGUUGAUAGAGCCAGGGAGUUCUAUGGUAACCUUGACAUCAUUGUGACUGGACAUUCAAUGGGAGGGGCAAUGGCAGCAUUUUGUGGCCUUGAUCUUGCAGUUAACUACAAUUCCCAGAAUGUCCAGGUUAUGACGUUUGGACAACCUCGUAUUGGCAAUGCAGUAUUUGCAUCUUACUAUAGCAAAAUAGUGCCAAAUACGUUUCGAGUUACGAAUGGAAAUGAUGUCGUUCCCCAUUUGCCUCCAUUUUAUUCUUAUUUUCCUAAAAAGACAUAUCACCAUUUUCCUAGAGAGGUUUGGCUUUAUAAUGUUGGAUUCGGAAGUUUUGUUUAUCAAGUUGAAAAGGUUUGUGAUGAUUCUGGUGAAGACCCAUCUUGUAGCAGGUCUGUCUCUGGGAAAAGUAUUUCAGAUCAUUUGGUGUACUAUGAUGUUGAGUUAAGUAGUCCGGGAUGGAGAUCAUGUAGAUUUGUAAUGGAUCCUCCUCUGGCGGCAUCAUACGGAACAUCAGAUCCAAAUGGAAAUCAAGUUUUCUCUAGAGAUCCUGGAAUUUCUCUUAUCAGAUUGAAGGAACAGUUGGUACUCGAUGGCAAGGGAUCAGGUGCCAUUUGAAUUCUUUCAAACCUUAUUCAAAAUUAUCAAAUCAUGUUGGGUUUUGGCCGGUAAAUCAUAUUUAUCCAACCUUUUGUAAAUAACUUGCUUUCUUUAUUAUUUUGUACAUAAUGGGAAAACGUAUGUUGAGUAAGAAUGUUGUAAAGCAUGUCUAUGCGUUGAAAAUUGUAAGUUUUAGAAUAAUGUGGAUAGAAGAGGUUAGAAUAUAAGAUGCGAUCUAGAACAGGAUGUUUGUUAUAUUUAGUGUUAUUGGUUGUUUUUUGCUU